GUUGACUCCUUGAGCAGGGAACUUUUUCAUGGCGUAGUGCCGUCCUGCAGCGUGAGAAUUUAAAGCAAGCACAUGAAGUUUAAAAAGACAAUGAGACAAGCACAAUUCAUUACUGAGACGAUUGUAUUGGGACAGUGUGGAUGCACUGUGCACUUCAAUAUAAUAGAAACGUCGGUGCAGCCAAUCGCUGUUAAAGAUGGUUUUUUGUUUUCCCAGGCUGAGACACUAAGUCUUCAUAUUUUGGUUGUCAAUUCAUCGUCUACGUGUUUACCUUGGUGAUGAUGUUUAUCGAUAAGACGCUUCUAAUUUUGACAAAUACCCCAGGGUCACAGGAUCUUUUUGAACAAACAAAGUCGAGAUUCGAUGAUCAGGCGUUGCAAGUUCGAGGAAUUCCCAAAUCAUUGCUUCCCGUAAGCAAUCGUCCUGUAUUGAGUUGGUGGUACGAUGUAGCAAGGACAGCCUUCGCCCAUACUUACAUUGCAGCUAAUGCACACAAUUACAAAAAAUACGAGCAGUGGGCGAGUGAUCACUCAUUCCCGAUAGAUCAUAUCGUCAACAGUGGUCUCAGGUACAAUCGUUUGCACCACCUGAGUAAGGGUCACAUCAGCUCAACUGUUUCUUAUUUUCUUAGCACAAGUGCCUUAGCCGAUAUUGCAUGCAUAUACCGAGUGAAAAACAUUGGACAAGACGUCGUCGUCGUCUUUAGCGACUUUUUAUACGAGCACCAUCCGGAAUUUCUCUCGCAACUGAAAGAGCCAGGCGAUUGCUGUAUCGUUUCGACACAGCUAGAAAUACCCAUUGCAUACACACUCAGUCAGUCCACCUUGCACUCGAUUGAACAGUAUCUGGAAGAAAACCAAUCUUCAUUCGACUCACCUACGGACGAACUCACCCACUUCAUGACAUCUCGUUCUGGAACGGCUUCCCUUGUUCAUAUUCCACACAAAGAGUCCCAUGAAUUCAUGCUGCCCACGGUCACCCUCGAUGAAUAUCUCCGUCAUUGGUCCAAAUAUUCUCCACCAGGCCUUGAGCGCAAGUUAUCCAGCGGCGUUCAUUUUUCCACGGAGCCAAUCGAAACAAAGGCGUAUGCCCGAGUUGGUCUGAUGGGGAAUCCAAGUGAUGGAUUUUACGGCAAGACUUUAUCUCUACUCAUCUCCAAUUUCUGGGCCGAGGUUGUCAUUUUACCCAACGCUGUGUGUGAUCCAGCAUUCAGCAGCAUCCGUAUUAUUGCCAACGCUGCAAGCGAUCCUUCUCAUCACACGCACCUGGGAUCUUUGAGUACAACUUGCCUUAUUGAUGGCUACGAGAACGGACAUCGGUUACUGCUGGCUUGCUGCAAAGUGUUUUACACAUAUUGCCAAAACAACAAGAUACCUAUCGACAUUCGUCAAGGGUUCAGAGUCUUAUUCGACACCAAUAUACCCCGGCAAGUGGGUUUAGCAGGAUCCUCGGCCAUCGUCACCGCAUUUUGGAAAGGGCUGCUUAGAUUUUAUGGUGUUACCGAACAGCAGAUCUCGCUUGAAAAGCAGGCAAGUCUGAUCUUGUCGGUGGAGCAGGACGAACUCGGUAUCACGGCUGGUUUGCAAGACCGUGUCAUUCAGGUAUACGGUGGUCUUGUGUAUAUGAAUUUUGAAAAAUCGUACAUGGAUCAAAACGGAUACGGACAGUACGAGUAUCUUGACAUGAACUUGUUACCACCUCUUUGGUUAGCGUAUGUGGCUAAACCAAAAGAUUCCGGCAAAGUCCACAGCACAAUAAGGCAGCGAUUUCUAAAAGGAGAUACAGAGGUGAUAGAAGCCAUGAAUCAGUUUGCUGAUUUCACAGAAAGCGCUUGCCAGAGCUUAAGGAACAACGACCAUCAUACUUUUGCUCAGCUCAUGACAGCCAACUUUGAACUUCGACGAAAGCUAUACGGGGAUGAUGUUGUAGGCAGCGCUAAUCUCAGGAUGGUGGAGAUAGCUCGGCAAAAUGGAUGCGUGGCCAAACUCCCGGGGAGUGGCGGAGCUGUCGUGGGAAUGUGGCAUGGCCAAGAUCCCCAAAGUCGCGAUAGAGACAUGUAUCAGUUAAAGCGAGAUUUAGAAAGCGACGGAUUUGUAUUUGUAAACAUAUCUCCUCUGGCCGCGCAACCAUAA